CUGCAUUUGGAAGCGUAGGUGGUGUUGGUGGAGGUGGCAUAUUUGUUCCCAUGCUUAGUCUCAUCAUUGGUUUUGAUCCAAAAUCAUCAACUGCUAUCUCAAAAUGUAUGAUCAUGGGAGCAGCUUUGUCAACUGUUUACUACAACCUUAGACUAAGGCAUCCAACAUUGGAUAUGCCUAUAAUUGACUAUGAUUUGGCACUUCUCAUUCAACCAAUGCUGAUGCUUGGAAUCAGCAUUGGAGUGACCUUCAAUGUUCUUUUCCCUGAUUGGAUGGUCACUAUACUGCUUAUUGUUAUCUUUGUAGUGACAUCAACCAAGGCAUUCUUUAAGGGUGUGGAAACUUGGAAGAAGGAAACCAUUAUGAAAAAGGAAGCUGCUCAGCGACAAGAGACAAAUGGUUCUGGUGCUGAAGCAGAUUACAAACCUCUUCCUGCCGGGCCAAAUGGUGGCGCAGCAAAGAAGGAGGAACACCAGGUGACUAUUAUUGAAAAUAUAUACUGGAAGGAGUUGGGAUUACUUCUGUUUGUUUGGUUUUCAUUUCUUGCACUACAGAUUAUCAAGGAAUACUAUACAACUACUUGUUCAACAGCAUACUGGGUGCUGAACAUUCUACAGAUUCCGGUGUCGGUUGGGGUAACUGCUUAUGAGGCAAGUGGCUUAUUUAGCGGACGUAGAGUAAUCUCUUCGACCGGAGACGAAGGGAAAAAUUUCACUGUUCUUCAGCUGUUUAUAUAUUGCGUCUUCGGUUUACUGGCUGGAGUAGUUGGCGGCUUGCUGGGACUUGGAGGAGGAUUUGUUAUGGGACCACUGUUUUUGGAGUUGGGAGUCCCACCUCAGGUGUCAAGCGCCACUGCCACCUUCGCCAUGAUCUUCUCCUCAUCCAUGUCUGUUAUAGAAUACUACUUGUUGAAGCGUUUCCCGGUUCCUUAUGCUGCAUAUUUGACUCUGGUGGCCACUAUAGCUGCCUUGGUUGGACAGCAUAUUGUGAGGAGAUUGAUCAUCCUAUUUGGAAGAGCUUCCCUUAUCAUCUUCAUUCUUGCUGGCACAAUAUUUGUUAGUGCAAUCUCAUUAGGUGGAGUUGGAAUAUCAAACAUGGUAUACAAGAUUGGGAAUCAUGAAUACAUGGGAUUUGAGAAUCUGUGCAAAUAUGGAUCAUAACACACCCCAUCUUGGAAGAAUGAUUUUGUCACGUUUUGCAAUUUGCAUAUUUGUAGUAGCGGAAAAGCCAAGAGCUUUCAGGUAAAAAAUUGUCCAUUAUUCUAAAUUUUGCCAACUCAUGCUGUAAUCUGUAGGACAUUUCCAGACUGAAAUUAUAUAUAAUAUAUAUUUUUUCUCCCUACAA